UUCCACUGGGACAUAAUAAUAUUGGCUGGUCGCAGGGAGAAACUGGUUGCAGAAAAAUAGAGCUCUUGCACAACCUGGACAACGGUUAUUAAGACAAAGUAGCAGCAGAAGACAACAGACGAAGCAAGCAAAGCAGCAGCGCAAGCUACUCCGCUGCAUCGACAAGUAUACCGUCGCUUCGUCGCUGGGUCGGCGAAGCUUCCUCCGAUCUCUCUUUCUCUCGCUCGCUCGCUCGCUCUCCCUCCCCCCACCAAGAUUGGGGCUUUCUUCGUCCUCACUUCAGUCUCCUGCGAAGAUUACAGUGGUCGACCCACCCUUUGAUCCAAUUUCCAAUUUGGAGGAGAUGGGUCUCUGGGAUUCUCUUCUCAUCUGGCUCAGGAGCUUGUUUUUCAAACAAGAAAUGGAACUUUCCCUCGUAGGUCUUCAGAAUGCUGGAAAAACUUCUCUUGUAAAUGCUAUUGCUACAGGAGGCUACACUGAAGACAUGAUACCAACUGUUGGUUUCAAUAUGCGAAAAGUUACAAAAGGAAAUGUGACAAUAAAACUUUGGGACCUUGGAGGGCAGCGGAGGUUUCGCACCAUGUGGGAGCGUUACUGCCGCGGGGUCUCUGCAAUCGUAUAUGUAGUCGAUGCUGCUGAUAGAGACAGCGUUCCUAUAGCACGAAGUGAGCUGCAUGAGCUCUUGAUGAAGCCUUCCUUGAGUGGGAUUCCUCUUCUGAUGCUCGGGAACAAAAUUGACAAGUCAGAAGCUCUUUCGAAGCAGGCAUUGGUAGAUCAACUAGGGCUUGAAUCCAUCCAAGACAGAGAGGUGUGCUGCUAUAUGAUCUCAUGCAAGGAUUCCGUCAACAUAGAUGCUGUGAUUGAUUGGCUCAUUAAGCACUCUAAAACUGCGAAGUGAGCAACUGUUUGGCCUGAACUUUUUUGGGUUCGAUGGAAGAGUGGUUUUUGCUGAAUGAUUUGAGCUGAGAAGCAGAACCGCGAACAAAAACCUGUCUCUCUCCUCGCGGUGGCACGUGUACUCUUUUUGUUUCAUUGGUGGUUAUUUGUGUUCCCUAAUAAGAGUUUCUGUACAGAAUCUCAACUGUAGAAGCAAGAUCUCCUUGUAUUGUUUUCCGAUAUUUAAAUCAACAUAACGUGUAAUGAUAUCUUCUCUUUGCUUCGA